AUGUCACUUUUCAAGAAAGAAGUCGAUCGAUUGACAAAUGCGGGUAUUUGGAAACCUGUGAAGUUUUUUCAAUGGGCUUCGCCUAUUGUACUAGCGCCAAAAGCUGAUGGUUUCAUAAGAAUUUGUGGGGAUUUUAAACAAGCAGUCAAUGCGCAAAUUGACAUUGAACAAUAUCCUUUGCCCAUACGCGAAAGUCUUUUCCAUGAAAUUAAUUGCGGUCAACAUUUUACAAAAAUCGACCUUAAGGACGCGUAUUUACAAAUGGAACUCGACGAUAAAGCAAAAACAAUAAUAGUUGUCAACACUCCACUUGGGUUAUUCCAAUACCAACGUUUACCGUUUGGGAUUGCAAGCGCUCCAGCUAUAUUCCAAAGAUAUCUUGAGCAGUUACUUCAAGGCGUAGAAGGUUGCGGAAAUUAUCUCGAUGACAUCAUCAUCUCCGCACCUACAUUUCAACAACACAUCAGCCGCCUAGAACAAGUACUUCGUAUUUUGCAACAAAAUGGUAUAUUGCCAGAUGAGUCAGGACUAAAAGCAGUCAAUAACCUGCAGCCGCCUAAAGAUCUAAAGCAAGCAGAAGCAUUCAUGGGUAAGGUAAACUACUACCAUAAUUUUAUACCUAAUUUUUCGCAAUUAUCCGCGCCAAUCAACAUGCUGCGCCGAAAAAAUGUAAAAUUCACAUGGGGUACAGCACAACAACAAGCAUUUAUAGCUCUUAAAACGCAUAUUCUCAACGCAGCGCAAUUAGCACAUUAUCAGGAAGAUUUACCGUUGAUUCUAGCUACAGAUGCCUCCUUCAUGGCAUAG